AAUACCAACAUUUUGUGUCCAAAAUUAAUAAUAAAUUAAACUAUAACUACUUUUAAUGAUAAAUGAUCAAUAUUUCGUAGCUUUAGAUGCGGUUAGGUAAAAAACGUUCAGAGCAGCUUUUCACGUGAACACAAGAUGGCAGCGUCCUUGAUGAGCAUUGUUCGAGCAGGUUGGGCGUUAUCUAAAUCAGCCCUAAAACCUUACAGUUAUUGCUUGACUCAAGGUGUCAGAAAUCCAGACGUUGGUUCUCGUCUCUCAACAUCAUCACAAUUCCAGAGCAGAACGAUCUUUUCUGCAUUGCCCUCAUCGCACAAUUUAGGAUUGGUGUUUUCUUUAAAUGGCAUUGCUAACAGGUUAUCUCUUCAACCCAAGACACCAAACAUCCAACAAAUUCGUACGAAGAUUAAAGUUAGUUUAAAGAAGGGCAAGCCUAAGUCAGUGAAAGCUGUUACUGAGAGAUUCUAUAGACUUAAUUGGGGCAUAUGGAUCAGAACUCAUGCGGGUCGUGCCAAAAGACUGUGGAAAAAGUCUGCAGAGCGAAAGCAUCGGCUAAGGCAGCAUGUAUUUUGUAAUAAACAACAGAGCAAGCUUUUGGACAAAAUGGUAACAGCUUUUUGGAAAAGGCCAAAGUUCUUUGUUGAUGAUCCUUAUGAACCAUACCACAAACGACAUAAUUUUCCGACAUACUUUCCAGAGAAAAGACCAUUUUAUCCCUAAGCAGAAAUCUCAAAAAUGUGUGGGUGAUAUUUGCUGGUUUGUUUUCACUUGCUUUCUACUUAAUGAAAAUAAAAAAUGCUUUUGAUUUCCUACUUUUGACUUAGUUUCGAUGUAAGAAGUUUUGAUGCAAUCUUAUUGUUCUGUUUAUGUUUUGUGUAAAAAGUUCUGACACUUUAUAUAUAUAUAUCAAGUUUCAUAUUGAGCAAUACAAUACAGUUUUAUUAAUCCACAGGAGCAAUUCUAGAUAAUGCUCAUAUGCAGCCUCUAAUUUGAAUUGAACACAAACCUAAAUUCUGAUCAAACAGCAAGCAACAUGCAAAAAUGAACUAAGAAUUUAUUAACAAGUUUAAAGUAAUGUGAAAGGAUGAAAAGUAUCAUUAACACUUAAAAUUGUAGAUUGAAAAAUGUAAAACAGGAUUAUACAUGUAAGUUUAUAUCUUUCAACAGGCUGCAUUUUGAGAAGUGCAAAGGAAAAAAUUAUUUUGUAAAGUUUAUGACAACUGUUUUAAAUGCAUCCUGUAGGAGGGGAGUAAACUGGAUUAACUUUAUCAGUGAUAUUAAAUCUGGUCAACAAAGUGCAGAUAACUUGAAAAGAGUAUAAGUGCUAAUGAUUCAUUUAUUACAAAUAACAUUGUUUUGUUUUCUUCUGUUACAAACAUUUCUUAAGAUUAAUAAAUGAUGCCAAAUUAUAAAA